AUGCUGAUCGCGGGUCUUGACGCCGUUGAGGUAGCCUCCUCCAUAUCCACCUUCCUUGUCUUCAUUUUCUACUGUUUCUGCGGUAUCCUGGUGUCCCCGAACUCAAUGCCGAAAUUCUGGAUCUUCGUGUACCGUGCGAAUCCCUUCACAUACCUCGCCUCCGGAUUCCUUUCAACCAGUCUUGCUCGUGCCCCUAUGCAUUGCGCCGGUAACGAAUUCCUCACUUUCGCGGCGUCGCAGAAUCAGACUUGCUCCCAAUAUAUGCAGGGCUAUCUCGAUGCUAAUGGGGGCACCCUUCUCAAUCCCGACGUAAUGGGCAUCAAUGAGAGCUGCCGCUAUUGCCAAUAUAGCAAGACAGAUCAGUUCCUUUCCUCUCUCGGCGCGCAUCACUCGCAACGGUGGAUGGAUUUCGGUCUGCUGUGGGUGUAUGUUGCGUUCAACACGGCCAUGGCAAUCUUCCUGUACUGGCUUCUCAGAGUGCCGAAGAAGAAGAAGACAUAG